AAAAGCAUGUGUGGAUCGUAACCCACAGCAAACAUGCAGAGAUAGUUGGUUUAGGUGAUGACUGGAAGUCAUUGUUUAUCACCUUUUUGUCUAGCGUUUAAAGUCUUUUAAAGUCUAGAUUAUCAUGCCUUUAAAUCACCUGAAACCGCUGUAGACCUGAACACUGAUAGACAGCCUGGCAUUAAUAGUCAUGGUAAGGAAAGAGUGGGUGUUCAAAGACAUAUCGGGGAAAAAACGUGCAGUUCAUGGGAGAAAAGAAGAAAAAAAAAAUCAUUGAACGGGUUAAUUUUGAGUCAUACCAGGCUCCGAGAAGUAGAAAAAUGAGAAAAAAAAUUCCUCCGCCGUGGCGACACAGAGAAAUGAAAAACUUGACUUCUAGUGUGUUUUUAUGACGUGUCCGAGCUUAAAUGAACAUUAAUAUCGAGUGAUAGGAUUUUUUAAAGCGGCGAGAAUCACUCAGAUAUAGAUAUAACCUUUUUAGAAGUUUUUAUCAUCUUUUUAGCCCAUCAUAGAUCCCCGCUGACUUCCGCGGAAGGAUAUGUGUUUGUGUUUCUUCACUCAGUGACUCCACUGGCUGGUGCGCGUUAGAGAGCUGGAAGACUUUUUUCGCUGCCUUGAAGUAACUAAAUAAAGGUUGAAUUGUGUAUUUUUUAACGCAACGGCUGAUUGAGCACAUGUAAAAAAUACUGACAUGUUGUAACUUGGCGGUAAAUGUAGUUUUUUCCACGUUUUUUAACUGUGUGUGAGACAUUUUCAACGAGACUUUUUUUUGAGAACUCACCGUCCCGGGAGACAGCUCAACUUUGGGCUGGCGACCUUAUGUGGAUUUUACCUAAAAUAUGGAGCAGAUCCCCGGUUUCUCCUCCGGCAAAUCACUAGUCUUUGUCUUCUGCUUCAUUCACCUCUCUUUGGCUCUGCAAUGUGUGGAUGAUAAGGCGCCUUGUGUUAACAACGCUACAUGUCUCACCUUCAGCAAUGGCACUGAAUACUGCAGGUGUGCACCCGGCUUCCUGGGUGAGUACUGCCAACACAAGGACCCUUGUCAGCCCGGCUUCUGCCUGAAUGGAGGGAACUGCUCCGUGUCCAUGUCAGCUGGUAUUCCUGUACCAGGCAGCGCCGCUUGCACCUGCCCUCUUGGCUUUACGGGACAGCACUGCAAAACUCCCCAGAACUCCACCUGUUACCCCAACAACCCUUGUGCCAACAAAGGCGUCUGCACCCUCCUGUCCCUCGACAAGUACAAGUGCGAGUGUGCCAGAGGAUGGACAGGACCUCAGUGUGAGCAUGAGGACAGCUGCCUGUCUAGUCCCUGUGCCAACGGCGGACUGUGCAGCUCUCCAUCUGCUGGCAGCUACAAAUGUUCCUGUCCUCCUGGCUAUACAGGUCCCCGCUGCCUUAAUGACACAAAUGAAUGUGCUGCCACACCCUCAAUAUGCCAGAAUGAAGGAGUAUGCGUCAACAACCCCGGCUCCUACAAGUGUAUCUGUACCCCAGGAUUUACUGGCAAAAACUGUGAAAGUUCAUACAUCCCUUGUUCACCCUCACCAUGUUUAAACGGAGGCACCUGCCACCAGAGCUCUGAAAGCAGCUACUCGUGCCACUGCCUGCCAGGUUUCAAUGGGACUAACUGCGAGAACAACAUUGAUGACUGUCCCGGCCAUCAGUGUGGAAAUGGAGGGACAUGUAUGGACGGAGUCAACACCUACAACUGUCAAUGCCCUCCAGAGUGGACAGGUCAGCACUGUAAAGAAGAUGUGGAUGAGUGUCGCCUGCAGCCAAACACUUGCCAGAACGGAGGAACCUGCAGCAACCUGUUUGGUGGCUACGUCUGUGUGUGCGUUAACGGGUGGAGUGGACCCGACUGUUCUGAAAACAUCGAUGACUGUGCUACAGCGGCGUGCAGCCCGGGCUCCACGUGCAUCGACAGGGUCGCGUCUUUCGUCUGUCUCUGCCCCUACGGAAAGACGGGUUUGCUCUGCCACAGAGAUGACGCCUGUAUCAGUAAGCCCUGUAGAGAGGGUUCUCAGUGUGACACCAACCCCAUCAACGGCAAGUUCAACUGUAACUGUGCACCCGGAUACGUAGGCAGCACCUGCAACAUCGACAUAGACGAAUGCAGCAUUGGUACCAACCCUUGCGAGCAUGGAGGUCAGUGUGUGAACACUGAUGGCUCCUUCACCUGUAACUGUGCUACGGGUCAUUCUGGGCCGCGCUGUGAGCAAGACGUGAACGAGUGUGCUUCCAACCCCUGCCAGAAUGACGGCACAUGUCUGGACCGCAUCGGGGCCUACACCUGCAUCUGCAUGCCCGGAUUUGAGGGGACUCACUGUGAGGUGGAGGUGAAUGAGUGCCUCAGCUCUCCCUGUCUGAACCAGGGGAAAUGUCUGGACCAGGUCAGCCGAUUCGUCUGCGAAUGCCCUGCAGGCUUUGCGGGGGAAAUGUGCCAGAUAGACAUAGAUGAGUGUUCCAGCACUCCCUGUUUAAAUGGCGCCAAGUGCAUCGACCGACCGAAUGGAUACGAUUGUGAAUGUGCUGAAGGCUUCACGGGUCUACUUUGUGAUAAGAACAUCAAUGACUGUGAACCAGAGCCAUGCCACCAUGGUGUGUGUAAAGAUGGCAUUGUCACCUUCUCCUGUGAGUGCUACCCUGGAUAUACAGGCUCCAUCUGUAACAUCCAGGUCCAGGAGUGUCACAGCAACCCCUGUCAGAACCGAGGACGCUGCAUUGACCUGGUCAAUGCCUACCAGUGUAACUGCCCAUCGGGAACUACAGGGGUGAACUGUGAGAUCAAUGAAGACGACUGUGCCAGUAACCCCUGUGAGUACGGAGAAUGCCACGAUGGCAUUAACGAGUACAAAUGUGUGUGCUCCCCAGGAUAUACAGGAGUUAAAUGUGAUGUGGAGAUCAACGAGUGUAACUCAAACCCAUGUAUGAGUGGGGGGACCUGCAUGGACAAGAUCAAUGGUUUCCACUGCCUGUGCCCACCCAGCACCCACGGGCCUCUGUGUCUCUCUGGGACGGACCACUGUGCUCCUCAGCCUUGUGUGCACGGAGAAUGUAUUGAACAGCAACACGGGUAUCAUUGUGAGUGUGAGGCUGGCUGGGUGGGGCAACACUGUGAGCAGGAGAAGGAUGAGUGCCAGCCCAGUCCGUGCCAAAAUGGUGGCACCUGUGUGGACCGACAUAAUGGUUACACCUGUCAGUGUCACGCUGGAUUCAGAGGACUGAACUGUGAGAAGAACAUAGAUGAAUGUGCGUCUGGGCCCUGUGUGCACCAAGGCUUUUGUAUCGAUGGAGUCAACAGUUAUACCUGCCAAUGUAGUCCACCAUAUACAGGUAAACACUGUGAGAUCGAGCAGGUUCCCUGUGCCUCUCAUCCAUGUGAGAGGGGAGGAGUGUGUCGUCCUUCUGCAGACUACACCUCCUACACCUGUCGAUGCCCCGCUGGUUGGGAAGGUCCACGCUGUCAUGAGGAUGUGGAUGAAUGCAAAAAGAAACAACCUUGCAAAAAUGGUGGUCAUUGCAUCAACACCCAAGGCAGCUACAUGUGUAAAUGUCAAUCUGGAUACAGCGGACACAACUGUCAGACAGACAUCGACGACUGCUCACCCAACCCUUGCCUGAAUGGAGGCACCUGUGUGGAUGAUGUGGGGAGGUUCUCCUGUGACUGUCGCCCCGGUUUUGAAGGAGAUCGCUGUAAGACCGAGGUGGACGAGUGUGCCAGCCAGCCCUGCAGGAACGGAGCCAUCUGCCGGGACUACGUCAACAGCUUUGUGUGCGAGUGUCGACCAGGCUUUGAUGGGAUCUUGUGUUCACACAACAUCCUCGAAUGUACUGAGAGCUCCUGUCUGAAUAACGGGACCUGCAUUGAUGACAUCAACACCUUUUCUUGCCGUUGCCGCCCUGGAUUUUACGGGACGUUCUGUGAGUACGAGCAGAACGAGUGCGACUCUCAGCCCUGUAAGAACGGAGGCACCUGCACCGAUGGCCUGGGCACCUACCGCUGCACCUGCCCCGUGGGAUACAACGGACAGAACUGCCAGAACUUCGUGAACCUCUGCAGCCAGGUACGCUGUUACCACGGCGCCUGCUCUCAGACAUCGACCUCCUGGACCUGCCACUGUCAGGUGGGAUGGACGGGACUUUACUGUGACGUGCCCAACAUGUCCUGCCAGGACUUUGCUGCCAGGGAAGGUCUGGAAGUGGAAAAUGUGUGUAAGAAUGCUGGGCGGUGUGUGAAUGUGGGCAAUUCCCACCAGUGUCAGUGCCAGCCAGGAUACACAGGCAGCUACUGUGAAGAGAUGGUCGAUGAGUGCCAGUCGAACCCUUGUCGCAACGGAGCUACAUGCAAGGACUAUCAGGGCACAUAUGAGUGUAUAUGUAAACCAGGAUACCAGGGGGUGAACUGUGAGUAUGACGUGGAUGAAUGCCACUCGAGACCCUGCCUCCAUGGAGGAACCUGUAUCAACCUCAUCAACCGCUUCACCUGUGCCUGCCCACCUGGAACACAUGGAGUCCAGUGUGAAGUCAACGUGGAUGACUGUGCACCCAAGCCUGGAUCCAGUGAACCUCGCUGUCUGAACGGCGGUCAGUGUAUGGACGGCGUGGGCCGUUACACAUGCUCCUGCCCCCAAGGAUUCGUUGGAGAGCACUGUGAGGGGGAUCUCAAUGAAUGCCUGUCUGGGCCCUGCCAGGCCCCCGGCAGCCUCGACUGUGUGCAGCUGGAUAACAACUACCAGUGUCGCUGUCGCCUUGGUUACACAGGUCGUCAUUGUGAGUCCAUGGUGGAUCUGUGUCUGUCGAAGCCGUGUCACAACAGCGGCGUCUGCUCUAUGAACAUGAGCUCAGUACAUGGCUACACCUGCUCCUGUGUUUCUGGCUUUACUGGGUUCAACUGUGGUGAUCUAGAAGGCUACGGUUGUACGAAGCUCCGUUGCCAGAAUGGGGGCCACUGUGUGGAGCCAGUGGUCGGCCACCUGUACUGCCAGUGCCAGCCGGGCUUCAGUGGCCCACACUGUGAGAAUGAACAGAGGUGUCCGUGGAAAUGCCAAAAUGGAGGAACCUGCGUUAUAAACCCAUCCAACCCAUAUAUGUACAGCUGCCAGUGUUCCCCGUACUACUCCGGACGGUACUGUCAGGACAAACGCCACGUGGCGGGCCCUCCGGCCUGCCCCUAUGUGCAGUGUGAGCAGCAUUCAGGGGAUAAAGUGUGUGACGAUCAGUGUAACAACCAUGAGUGUCGGUGGGAUGGAGGCGACUGCUCGCUCAGCUGGCAGCAGCCUUGGGUGAACUGCAACGCCAGCGUUCCCUGCUGGGAUCUCUUUAAGAACGGACGCUGUGAUCCGGAGUGUGACAACCCUGGCUGCCUCUUUGACAGCUUUGAGUGCCAGGAGCACCCACCGUCCUGCAGGUAUGACAAGUACUGUGCAGACCACUUUGGGAACGGUAUCUGUGACCAGAGCUGCAACACGGAGGCUUGUGGCUGGGACGGCCUGGACUGUUCAUCCAGCAUCCCACCCAAAGUGAUAGAUGGCACGUUGGUCAUCGUGGUCCGGCUGCAGCCUAAGGAGCUGCUUGGAGACUUGAGAGGUUUCUUGCGCUCCCUAGGAGCCCUGCUGCACACCAACGUGAGGGUGAAAAUGGACGAAAAUGAUCAGCCGAUGGUGUUCGCUUACUAUGGGGUGGAGGAGGAGCACGGACGACAGAAGCAGAGGAGCAGAAGCAAGCGGGAGAUGGAUAGGGAGGUCAUUGGAUCUGUGGUUUACCUGGAACUCGAUAACCGCGAAUGUUCCCAGAGUUCCGACAACUGUUUCUCCAACACUGAUGAGGCUGCAGCGUUCAUUGCAGCAGCACACAUCAAGGCUGAGCUGCCGUACCCUCUGGAGUCUGUUAGCAGUGUUCCGGAUGAACCAGCUGGGACGCCGUGGCUAAUGAUCCUGGUUGGAGUGGCUGUUGGUUUUAUUCUGCUCAUCCUGGUGCUGGGGAUGCUCGCAGCCAAGAGAAAGCACAAACAUGGUGUCCUGUGGCUGCCUGAUGGCUUCUUGGCCACUAAGAAUGACAAAAGGAGAGAGCCUGUCGGACAGGAUGACUUUGACAUGAAGAAUUUUAAGACCCAGGAUGGAGCCAUGAUUGAUGGCGGCCAGAGUCAGAGAUGGCUGGAAGACGAGGUCCCAUCCAAGAAACCAAGAACUGAGGACAAACCCCUGCUGCCCAUCGCUAUGGAAGGAGGUGUUGACCGACGGGAGUGGACCCUGCAGCACCGCAAGGCUGCUGACAUCUCCCUCACGCCCCCGCAGGCCGACCUGGACGCUGACUGUCUGGAUGUUAACGUCAGGGGACCUGAUGGUUUCACCCCUCUGAUGUUGGCCUCGCUGCGUAACGGUGGAGGUCCUGACUGCAGCCUGCACGAUGAGGAGGAGGAGAGUGGAGGAGAUGAACCAGGACCGAGUGUCAUCUCAGACCUGAUCGCUCAGGGAGCGUCUCUGAUGGCUCACACUGACCGCACCGGAGAGACGGCGCUCCACCUGGCGGCUCGAUACGCCAGGGCCGACGCCGCUAAGAGACUGCUGGAUGCUGGAGCUGAUCCCAACGCUCACGACAACAUGGGCAGAACGCCGCUGCACGCUGCCGUGGCAGCUGACGCCCAGGGAGUCUUCCAGAUUCUGAUCCGUAAUCGUGCAACAGAACUGGAUGCCCGUAUGAAUGAUGGCACCACUCCACUGGUCCUGGCUGCCAGGCUUCCUGCGGAGGGCAUGGUGGAGGAGCUGAUCCACUGCCACGCUGAUAUCAACGCUGUAGACGACCACGGUAAAUCCGCUCUGCACUGGGCAGCUGCAGUCAAUAAUGUGGAGGCCACUCUUGUGCUUUUGAAGAAUGGAGCCAACCGUGACAUGCAAGACAAUAAGGAGGAGACGCCACUGUUCCUUGCAGCCAGAGAAGGCAGCUUUGAGGCGGCUCAGGUUCUCCUUGACCAUUAUUCCAACCGUGACAUCACCGAUCACCUGGACCGACUGCCCCGCGACACCGCUCAAGAACGCAUGCACCACGACAUAGUGCGCCUGCUGGACCAGUACAAUCUGGUUCACAGUCCACACAACGGCCCUAACCACAUGGGCGGAGGGAACUCCUCCGUGAUGUGCGGGGCCAACGGGGCGGGCUUCAUCGGCAUGCGCCCUGGGCCGCAGGGGAAGAAGAGCAGGAGGGGCGGAGGAGCAAAAGUGGGAGGUGUUGGAGGCGGAGCUAAGGAGCUUAAAGACAUGAAGGCGAAGAGGAGGAAGAAGCCCACUGGAGGAGAGGGGCCAGGCGUGGGAGCUGGAGUGGGAGGAGGAAACGGUGGAGGUACAGGAGGAGGGAAUGCUAACGGCGUCAAGGCAGCGAGUGGACUCCCAGAGAGCUCCGUCACCAUGUCACCCGUCGACUCCCUGGAAUCACCACACUCGUACACGGGCGACGUGUCCGGCGCCGUCUCCACCACGGCGAACUCCCCGCCCCUCCUGAGCAGCCCCACCUCCAGGCCCAUGCUGCCCCCCGUCAGCCACAUGCUGGGCCAGCAGCAGAGCUGGGUGGGGAUGACCAAGCACAGCUACGGAGGCCACAUGUUCGGCCUGGUGUCGCACCAGAUGGGGGGGUCUCACCCAGGGAUGGGCCAGCACCACGGCCAGGGCCCCAUGCUGACCCCCAUGAAUGUAACCAUGAGCAGAGAGCAGCUGCCGCCCAUCGUCACCUUCCAGAUGAUGGCGCCCGGAGGAGGCCAGGCCAUGCUGAAGCAGCCUCAGCCGGGCCAGGUGCAGGUCACACAGUCUCAAGGGCAGAACCAGAAUCAGGGUCACUCCCAGCCGGGGCCGGGCCACAUCCGAUGCGCCCAGGGAAUGAUGUACCAGAUGCCCGAGCAGAUGAGCAUGGCGCACGGGCUCUCCCACGCCAUGCAGCACGCCCACAGCGUCAGCCACGGGGGCCACGCGGGGAUCGAGGGUCAGUCUCGGCCGCUGCCCUCCUACCCACCCAUGCAGAGCCCCGUGGAUAAGUACCCCACCCCCCCCUCCCAGCACAGUUACACCACCACCGGCUCAGAGGGCACCACCCCCGGCCACUCUGCCCACCCACCCAGCGAGCACCCGUAUCUCACCCCUUCGCCCGAGUCCCCAGACCCUUGGUCGUCCUCUUCGCCACACUCCAACUCGGACUGGUCUGACGUCACCACCAGCCCCACCCCUCUGGGGAACCCUCACCACGCACUUCCGUCGUCACACCACACACACAUUCCAGAGCAGGUGCAGCUGCAGCCGCAGUCGCAGCAGAUGCAGCAGUCCUCUCAGCAGCCGCAGCUCGGUAACAUGCAGGUGUUUGCGUAGGCAAAUCUGGAGGAAAAGCAUAAACAGACUGACUUUUGGGGUUCCGUGUUGGUUGAAAAAACAACACGGUCACUCAUCUGAUGCUUUUCUCGCAUCUUGUUAAUUCUCUUUUUGUUCUUCAUUAUAAUAAUCGGUCACCUCCCCCUUUUGUGUUUUCUCCUCCUCUUUGCACUUAAAAAACUGUUUGUAUAGUUUCUAAAAACGUCGUUGAGUAUUAUCAGCUAGAUAUCAAAAGUUCUCAAUACCAAAAACCGUGCAGUUCCAGCUCAAAUCCGAGCAUCCUCUGCUCUCUGGAGGCCAAGUCAAGACUUUUCUUCUCGGCCUUUGGCACUCAAACACAAACUGUUUAUUGAGGGAUCAACGAGGAAGUGCCAACCAGAUGGUGGCCGGCUGGUGUUGCAUCAGAGAAACAGACUGUUGAGAUGGACACUGAGGCAGAGCGUACUGCAUUGAUACUGUCUGUUUUGGAGGACAUGGUCAUUUCUUCCUGCUAUAUGCUAUCCUUAUGUGUUGUUUAAUGUGAUAAGCCUGCCAAUACUAACUCGUCGUCACAACCAUUCACUCACACACUUUUUUAAAGCAAUGGGUCACAUUCAGUUGAUGCUUUAAUUCAGUAAAACUACCGAGUUGUUUUUUUUAAUUCAUGCAUUGUUUUUUACUAUGCUAAAGGGGGAAUUUUAUUAAAUGCCGUUGCAUGACUAGAAAGACAAACAUCAAGUUAAUUACAGAUUAUUAGAAAUGCACACAGAUGCAUCCUGUUACUAAACAUCUUUAACAACUGAAAUGUAUUUACUGCAUUGAUUACAGUUGAUAUUAGUGUUUCCCAUCAAAUGUAAAAAUCCACAGAAUGUUUAAUAAAUGCAAUUUUUACAUGCAUACUGUAGGCGCAGUGGGAACAGUGUAGGUCCUGAUGGUAGUUGCUGUUACAGAAAAACAAAAGAGUUGAUUUGAAAACCAAAUCAGAGUUCAUGUGGAUGCAGUUAUAUCAGUGCCACUAUAUUUCACAUGUUGUUGAGGGAUUAAUUAAGCUUGACAAACUUUAUGCAAAAAACAUACAUUGGUUUUGUUGUAUGAUGAAAUGUACAUAGACUUACAGCACAUUCUGCUUGUUAUUACUGAGCUUGAUUUGGCAAAGACAUGUUGACUUUUUAAAAUGUCUGUUUCUGUUUGUUUUUUUAUAUGAGUUCUGUUCGCACUUCCUGAAUGAUUCUGAAUGUUACAGAGGUGCAAGUUUUCAUCUUUAAACUGCCCCUCCUUGCUUAAUGUUUUCCCGAAAUCAUUUAACCAGUUUUGCCUUUUGCUUGACUACAAUCAGUGUAUCUCUGCACCUUUUUUAAUUGUAAUGAUUCAUAAACCAAGUCUGGAGGUGAGUAAGGUUUGAUAAAGUAUUUUUUUUUUGUCUUCCUUUAAGUCGAUGUUGAUCACAGCUCUGUGUGACUGCUCUGUAAACACAGACAAUCAUUCACUGUUUUAUUUUUGAAAACUUCAAGAAAGAACAUCAGUGUCUCUAAGACCAAAUUCUUUUUUUCUGCCAAAAAUAUGCAUUGUCUCCUAAUUUUAUCACUUUCUUGGGUCAUUGUUGCGAUUUACAAAAGACUAAAGAUACAGCACACACACCUAAAUACCAAGAAACUCUUUGGUUUGAAUUAGUAUUGCAAGCGUCAAACAAAUCAACAAACCAAACGUGUGAACAAACCAAAUUAUUCAUCAUUAUUUUUUUUCUCAGUACCUGUGAUGUCCCUUCAGUUUCACAAAACGCAUACUGUACGUUGAGGUAUCAGCCAGCAGUUUUUUUUAGGAAUAGAGCAUGUCCGUUCCCAUUCGUAUGCAAGGCAAUGUGUCUAUUUUCUGUAUAUAAAAUGUUUUUUAUUGUUCUUUCCUCUGUUAACCAAAUAGCAUAUAAUAUACAUGCCAUAUGAAGUAGUUGUCACCAUGUUUGUAUAAGGUAGAAGAACUAAAACUGAUGAAAAAAUAAGUUGUCUUUUGUCAAAACACCAAAUGAUCAACCAAAUGUGCUUACUGAAAUAAAGCCCAGAUCUUCAUAGA